AGGUUUUAAAAAGCAGGAGGGGUGGGAUGGCUUUCAGAGUGUGCCAUGAAAAAACAGCCUCCUCACCCAAUUGGAAAUGGGAGGAGUUUUUACUGAGCCGUGAUUGAACCAAUGACAGCACAGUGCCGGGAAAUACAGCAGUGAAACACCAGGGGCUGUGGUGCUGAGCAACGAUUGCAGGGUGUGAGACUAGAAAUGUGUGUGUGUGCAUGAGAGCAUCUCCGCAUCUGUCCCGAUCCGAGCUGUUGUGUGUGUGUGCCUGUGUGUGUGAGCGUGGUGGAGCGUAGAGGAAGACAUUAGGGGUGUGUGUGUGUUUGCACAGGUCUGAUAUUUCCAACAGAGCCAGAAGAGGAUAAGCCAAAAGUCUUGAUUGUUGUCACUUUUCUUUUUUCUCCCCCAAGCUCUCCAAGUGCCCUGCGCGCUCUGCGAAGUUUCUUUCCUCAACCCCCCUCUGCAUCACCACCCUCCUCUUGGUGCAGUACAUCUCCAUUGAGGAUACACACGGUACAGAGGGUCCGUGAGUGGUCGAGCCAGAGAUCAUGAAGUGGAACCUCUUCAAAAAGAAGCCCGAAGCCAUGGUGGGCCCGGAGCCCACGGGACUCGGCGGCACCCACCCGUCGCACACCAUGACGAUGGCCCCAGCCGUGUCCACACCUGCAGACAACUCCACCGAGUCCGAGGGACCCGUCAACAAGAAUGAUGUCUUUGAGGAAAUCAAAAGCAAGUUCCUCAAUGAGAUCGAUAAAAUCCCAUUGCCUCCAUGGGCGCUCAUCGCCAUCGCUGUAGUGGCUGCCCUCCUCAUCCUCACCUGCUGCUUCUGUAUCAUUAAGAAAUGCUGCUGUAAGAAGAAGAAGAACAAGAAAGGAAAAAAGGGAAAGGAUGGCUUCAACAUGAAGAACAUGCAGGGUGGAGAUGACGAUGACGAUGAGGAAGGAGAAACCGGUUUGACGGAGGAGGAGAAAGAGGAAGAGGAAAAAGAAGUGGAGAAACUUGGAAAGCUUCAGUAUUCUUUGGAUUACGACUUCCAGGAUAACAAGCUGACAGUGGGAAUCUUGCAAUGUGCCGAUCUGAUUUCCAUGGACUCUGGUGGAACAUCUGACCCUUACGUUAAAGUCUUCAUCCUACCAGACAAGAAAAAGAAGUAUGACACCAAGGUGCACAAAAAGACCCUCAACCCAGUGUUCAAUGAGUCCUUUGUCUUUAAGAUUCCGUACCAGGAGCUGGGAGGGAAGACGCUGGUCAUGUCUGUGUACGACUAUGAUCGAUUCUCCAAGCACGACAUCAUCGGUGAGGUUAAACUUCCCAUGAACACUGUGGAUCUGGGACAGCCCAUUGAGGAGUGGAGAGACCUGGACAGUGCUGAGAAGGAGGAGCCGGAGAAGCUUGGUGACAUCUGCAUCUCUCUGCGUUACGUUCCUACUGCCGGCAAACUGACUGUUUGCAUCCUCGAAGCCAAGAACCUGAAGAAGAUGGACGUGGGCGGCCUGUCUGACCCGUAUGUGAAGAUCCAGCUACUGCAGAACGGCAAGCGUCUAAAGAAGAAGAAGACUACGGUGAAGAAGAACACACUGAACCCGUACUACAAUGAGUCCUUCAGCUUUGAGAUCCCUCUGGAGCAGAUGCAGAAAAUCAUUGUGGCGGUGACGGUCUUCGACUACGAUAAGAUCGGCAAGAACGACGCCAUCGGGAAGAUCUUCAUUGGCAGCAAAGCCACAGGCACGGCGCUCAAGCAUUGGUCCGACAUGUUGGCCAACCCACGCCGCCCCAUCGCCCAGUGGCAUCCCCUCCAACAGGAGGAAGACGUCGACGCCGCUCUGGCUGCCCUUAAUGCCAAGAAGUAACUUCUCACAUCUCAGCCUGACUAACCAACUAACUAACCAACCCGCCACUGCAUGACACCCCACACUCAUCCGUACGCGCUCUGCCAGUUUGUUUCGCAUAAUCACCAACGAAAAUAUUCUAAAGAAUAUACUUGAAAAGAUGAACAAUAUCACGUUCGCCACAUAGCGUAAAAUCGAGGCAGGAGAAACGGACACGUUUGGUCCAAAAGAACAUUUGCAAAUAUCAUUGUGCACCAAAAUAGCGAAAGCAAGAUGGUAAUAGGAGUAGUAGCCAGCAAAGAGUGAUAUUUUACACACCGUUUUCUACUUUGCAGCCAAAUACACAAUAAGCAUAUACAAAAUCAGUAAAAACCAACAAUGAAAAGUGUACAGAAAUCAGUAGACACACAUGAAGAGACCAUUUUUGCAACAAUUUGCCAACAUGUCACAUUAUUUUACAUUUUUAACUAAUUAACAUUCUAACAGGAAGGUAUUGUUGUUUGUCGGAUAUACUGGUUAUGCUGGAAUUUUGUGCCUAAUCAUAAGUGCAAAUGAAAGUGAGUUUAUGUUAGUAAUAUCUACACAUUUGCACAAUUACAAAGCAAUGAUCACAUUCACUUAAACAUCCCGGGAGAAGCAAGCAAAAGGUGUAGGACAGAUUUGUUUACAUUGCUGAUGGGUAAAUUAGGCCAUUCGCUCAUAAGACACAUCACAACAUAUUGCAUUUGUGUGCCCAAAAGAAAGAAGAUUCAGGUUUAUGGUUUUUGUAAUGUGCAUAAGUGGGCUAAUAAUUCAUGAAAUGUUGCAAUAAAUAUUCAAGCGUGGUUUACUCAGUCAGUGUAAUACUAUAGACACAUCUCUUUUACUGUAAUGAUGCAAUUACAGUGCCAAAUCCAGACGUAUACGUGUUUCUCACAUAUAGAAGAUCCCAUCUGGCCAAACCCUACAGGCACUAAAGCAGGCUGUGAAUGUAUCGUGGGAUCACACAAAUGAAAUUUGCACUCAGUCGGUGUGUCCUUGAGAGCUCACUGUUGUAUUUUCACGAUCUCGGCCUGUUUCACAUACAUUUUAAUACCUGGUUGACGUCACUGCCGCCUUCGUUCGGAGCUCUAACUCAUUUAGUAAACUCCACUCUCCGAGAUGCCAAAGUAUUAACUGGAAUGGAAUAGUAAGUGGCGGUGAACCGGGCGUGUGGUUACCUAUACUAAAUAAAAGCAAUCCGAAGCGUUCAGAUCCACUCCAGCUCCAUCCCCAACAAUGCUUGUGUACAUAUGCAUUGAUCAAAUUGGUUUCUACAGCAUGUACCUAUAAAUUGAUGUACAUAGAAGCAUGUUUUAAAGAUAGAGCAUAAUUAUAUUGUGUAUGUGUGGCAUUUGUCAUUUUGAUAAUAAAAAUGUAGAGGAAAGAAAAUGCACUGAAUGCACAUUUUAUGAAAUUUCCCUCAAAGGGCGUAAGACAUUUAAGAAUAUAUUAAUAUAGAGUUUUUCAAAAUACUUUUAAAUUUGCAACAGAGAAUUAAGAGCUGUGUGUAACGUGAGUGUUAGACUCAUGCUUGUGGUGUCCGUUUGACUUCAUUUGCAUUUAUUUACCUUUUUUGUCCAUGUGUUUGUCACGUUUCUGUGUUUAUUCUGUCCUGUUGAUGUGAAAAUAUGAAAUAAAAAUGUUCAGGUUGUGAAUUUUACAGGAAUGUCUUGUUAGGGUGAAUGUCACAAAAAAUGUCCAGGUUACAUUUCACCACAAAAUCAGAAGACGCAAAGUAUAUUUUGCAUUAAGAAAUGUGUAGGAGCAUUUUAUUUUAUUAUAUUAUAUUUUAUUGCAUUUCUUUGCAUUGCAUUGCAUUACAGUAAUUAAAAUUCAGUAGAAAAAUGUGCUUACUUUUUAUGACAAUAAUGCAAAAGGUAGUAAUUGUCCUAAAAUAUUCUUCGUUUUCUCGCUGUGAAAUAUGUCUUUUUUAUUUCUUUUGAUUUUGGGGUGAGCUGAACGUUGUUUUGUGAGAUUCACCUGUUAAUGUACAGUGUGUAAAACCACUUGCUGAAACUAGAAGCCAUAUGCAUGGGCCCUCGCAAGAGCUCAUCGUUUCCGGACAAAACAAACACCUCAACAGCAAUCAAUAAUGUUAACCUUCACGCAUUUGAGCCAAAAUGAUGUGAGAGCAACUGUCUGUUCAAAGACGGUUUUGGUUUUGUAAUUCUUCACAAUAAUUGAAAGGAUUUAUGAAAGUGAUGCCCUCAUGUUUAUAGUACGACAACUGACAUAAACAGCGUAUUCACAUAAUUGCUUGCAAAUAAAUUAUUAAAGAGAUGUAUUAUCAUAAUUAUGGUGAUCCAAAUGUACAAUGGCAUGACUUUAUUAUGCAAUAUGUGUGCAGUUGACAACCAGCCCAAUAGAUCUCUGGUGUUUAUUUGUAAAUUUAUUUUUGAAAUGACUUUGUGUAUGAUUUAUGCUGUAUAUUUUCACAUAAUUGAUGCUUCGUUUUCUUCAUUUUGGAAAAUGACUGAUCAAAUGGCAUCGCUAAGGUGUUUUAUUUUCGUAUUUUAGACGGGGGCAGCUGAAUGUUUGUCUAAAUCUAAAUCUAUAGAGGCCAGGAUGGAUAAUUAAUAAUGAAUAAAGAUAGUCUAUUAGUGGCCAUUCAGAUGUGUUCUCAUAUUUACUGUUUUUAAUUCCUCCAUCGAGUGGUCUGUCUGUUGUAUGUAAUCAUUUAUUUUCUAUGACUUUGGUUGAACAGCCUUGGACUGUCUACUGCUACUUACGUAGGAAUAUUUGUCUGCUUCUGUGUGUUGUACUUUGCAAUAGGACCAAUGUAGAAUAAUGUCUUAAUGUUUCUUCUGUGGACGUGAAUCAAACUGCAGGGCUCUUGGUGUUCCUCUGCAGAGCAAGCAACAAAAUCCCAGUCUUCCCUGGGACACUGUGGAUGCCAGUCGACUGGCCCCCCUUCCCUUUCUGUGUUGAGACCGUUUUCCAUUCGUUGCAUUCUAAUAUCGGACCGUGUAGUCACAAAGACCUUCCCGAUGCAAUACUGCCAACAUCUCGGCUUACUAACAUCUCCUAACACUCCCCGUCCAUCCCACCGCGGCCGCCGUGUAAAGACUUUUCCAAAGAACUGACGCCUUCCUUUUGCGUUCGUCCUGUGUGGAGGUUCCAGUGUUGUCGAUUCCUUUCGUGGAUGCUUUGGCAUGCUUUGAAAUCCCCUUCUACGAAUUAACACGUCGGCCAGGGAAGAAAAAAGAAAGCCUUCCUUCUGGCCAACUCUUGUAGCUUCUUGUCAUCCUGUACAACCAAUGUGAAAACCUUGAUGAAAACCCACCAGUAGAACGUCUACAUGCAGAUUUAUCCAUGAGUUAUCGAUUAGUUAAUCAUAGGAAAUAAAGGUCUUUUAAAUAUA